CGCCUAAACUUGAGGUGCAUCAACAAUGGCGGAGGAAAACCAGAGAGAGCUUCGUGUGGUCAUGUUUCCGUGGCUUGCCCACGGUCACAUAGCGCCCUUCGUUCAGCUCGCCAAAAGCCUGGCCACUCAUGGUCUUAAAAUUUUCUUCGUCUCAACCCCGCUGAAUAUUAGACGAAUCAGACCGCAAAUGUUGGAUGCACCAGGGAUAGAUCUGGUGGAAUUGGCGAUGCCUUCCGUGGAGGGACUGCCAGCUGGGGUAGAAUCAACCGCAGAUGUUGGCAAAAGAGGAGAAGCGCCAGUCCUAAUCCCUUUGCUCAUAGCCGCCAUGGACCUUUUGGAGAAGCCCUUUGAAGCGCUGUUGAAACAACUCUUACCAGACUUUGUAAUCCACGAUUUGGCACAGCCCUGGGCUCCUCGUGUGGCCAAUCCCAUUCCCACAAUACUAUUCCUCGUAUUGGGAGUGGCGAGCUUCAGCUUUGAGCAAGGGCAGCUGGACAGCGCACUGGGAAACCCAACUGUCCAGGACCUCACUGUCUCGCCGCCUGGAUUCCCUUCAUCGAUUAUCCAUCAAAGGUUAUUUGAAGCGCGGAGAGCCCAUUUUCAGCUAUACCAGAAGAAUUUUAAUGGCCUCAGCGUUGUCGACAGCGCCAGCAUCUGCGUGCGGGAGAGUCGAGCAGUGGUGUGCAAUACGUGUUUGGAGUUGGAAGGGGUGUACGUCGAGUAUUUGCAGAGCCUCAGAAAACGGCCGGUGAUCCCUGUUGGGUUACUCAUGCCUAAACUCCCGCCACCACCCAUUGAUGACAUUUGCUUGCAGUGGCUCGAUAGGCAGCCCGCGGCUUCGGUGGUGGUAUUGUCUUUUGGCAGCGAGUGCGUUCUAACCCAGCAGGAGCUUGCCGCUAUUGCAAUGGGUUUGGUGGAGAGCAGUGUGUCGUUCCUCUGGGUUCUGCCUGCCGGAAACCAAUUGCUGCAAGGUUUCCAAGAUCAGAUCGGAGAAAAAGGAUUGGUGGCCACAAAGUGGGUUCCACAGUUACACAUUUUGAAUCAUCUUUCUACAGGUGUCUUUUUUACUCAUUGUGGAUGGAAUUCAAUGACGGAAGGGUUAAGGUUUGGGGUACCACUCAUAACUCUUCCAAUGCAAUUUGAGCAAGGGUUAAAUGCAAAGCUUGCAGAAGAGCUUAAGGUGGGAGUGGAAGUGAGAAGAAAUGAAGAGGAUGGAUCUUUUACUAAGGAGGAUAUUAGUAAAGCAAUUAGAGUCGUAAUGAUAGAAGGAGCACAAAUUAAAUAUAAUGUUACAAAUAUAAGUGACAUGUUGACUAGCAAUAAUUUCCAAGUUAGUGAAAGAAACAUGCGAAACUUUGUCUCCAUGCUUAGAACCUUCAAUAAAUAAUUUGUUUGGUGGAUUUGAAAUUGUCUAUAUU